UUGUAAGCACACGCGUUUACGCGAGGGCCCGUAGUAUUGAGGUAUUAAGCAAUCGAGGCGUUCGGUGCUCGUGCACGCGAAUGCCAAGCCCCGUCAGACCAGUCAGUGCCUCAUUGCGCCCGCGGGCCGCCGCGUUUCCCGCGUAACCGAACCACAGACAACAUAGUGUAUCCCGAAUAUUCCCGCGCAAAGAAGAUGAUUUGGCUGUUCCUUCUCUUCGCGCUGGCCGUGGCCACAGGUCAGGAAACCUGUCUCUCCGUGGAAGACGAUCCCUACCUGCUUUUUGGCACGAAGACGGCUUACAUAUUUGCCAACUUGGGCGUCCCUUCGACGAGAGCUCAUGAUGUGCCUGGUUGUCAGCCCAUAGCCUUCUGGCUGUUAAGCCGACAUGGCUCUAACAAUCCUGAAGCCAAUGACAUUGUGGAACUGCAGAAACUUGGAGACUUCAGAAACAACAUCGUUACCAACUACAAGAAUGGCAACUUUAGGAAUACCAAUCAACGCAUCUGCACAUCAGACCUGAAUCUUCUAGAACAAUGGCAAUGGAACCCACGGCUCAACGUAACGUUUGCUGGAGACCUGACCGCCGACGGGUACAUGACUACCCAGCAGCUGGCUCAGGCUUGGAGGCAGAGGUUCCCUGGACUCCUCACUUCCAGUCGCCAUCAUUAUUUGUUCAAGUACGUAAAUGACCAGCUAUCGAGCAACACUUUCAAGGCCUUCACUGAGGGAUUGUUCGGAGACCAGGCAGAGAGCUUCGAUAUACCUAAGGAGAAUGAUGAAAAAAUUGUUCGGCCUUUCAAAUUCUGUCCAGCAUGGACGAAAGACGUUGGGGACAACAACGAUACAUUGUCACAACUGCACAUCUUCGAGUCCAAGAGAGAAUAUCAAGAGAUGAUCAGCAACAUCUCCUUAAGGCUGGGCUUCAACUACGACAUUCAGAAGGAGACGAUCCUGCGCAUGUACCAGCUGUGUCGCUACAACAAGGCCUGGGACGUCGUCAAGAUAUCGCCCUGGUGUGCUGCCUUCACCCGCGAGGAUCUAAAGCGCCUGGAGUACGCGGAAGACCUAGAGACAUACUACAAGUAUGGCUACGGAUCAGCCCUCAACAAGGACGUCGGCUGCACACACGUUAAAGAUAUGAUGAACUUCUUCGAAAACUAUGUUGGGAAAGACGAAAUUCCCCAACAGCAGCCCCGUGCCAUGAUCCAGUUCACUGAAGCAGCCAUGCUGCUCAUGACCCUCACGGCCAUGGGAGCUCACCAGGAUACCGCCCCCCUCACUGGAGAUAACUACCACUCGGCUAAUGUGCAGUCUAGGAAGUGGACUGCUUCCAAAAUGGCACCUUUUAAUGGAAAUCUUGCUGCUGUUUUGUAUAAGUGCACUCAAAACGGUAAUUUCCAAGUAAACGAAGAAUACCAAGUUCUGUUCCUAGAGAACGAACAUCCCCUAUCUCUGCCAGGUUGUAGAGUAGGCCUCUGCGAUUGGUCUCUCGUCAAGAACCGCUUCGGAGAACUCGUGAAGAACUGUAAUCUGGACUUCUGUAAUGCUGCUACUAAGAUAAGUAGUGUUAAUGUUAUUUUAUUUACGUUUGUAGCAUUUUUUGUUAGGUAUGCUGUGAUCAGGAUAUAGGGGACUUUUGUUAACAUAGUGCAAAGCCAUGAGGACUUAGUAAGCAGGACUGUUGAAGUCAGAUUGACUUGUUAUUUUAACCCGUAAAAUUUGAACAACUUUGCUCCUAAAUAUAGGCUCAAGUUCGAGACAUAAAAGUCAGUGUUCUUAAAACCGCUUCAUUAUGAAUGUUUACUUACCUUCAAUUUUCAAAAGAAACAGCUAUUUUAAGACAAACGGUGGGUGACGGUGAGCUUGGCCCUACCUACAUAAAUAUGGGUCUUUAACUAUGUAGUUAAUAAGUCCUGCUUAUCAUGAAUUCAUGGUAGAAAAGAAUACUUAAUUAUGACUAUGACUUACACGCUAAAUAAAAGUCAUGAUUAAUUUGAAGCAAGGCAGAGCAAUAGUUUUAUGCUACGUGCAGACUAGGCGUUCUUAUGGUAUGCGUAGUCGGCACAAGUCCUCAAAUAUUAUUUCAUUCAAUGUGUACGCGUAACUACGCGUCUUGAGACCGCCUAGUCUGAACCCAGCUUUAGAGUAUUAUUUGCAUUGAUAACAGAUGCAUUUACAAGUUAGAAGUUAUAGUUGAUUAAUUAAUGCAAUAGUUUACAGUUUACACAAUGUUUUAAAUAGAUUUUCACGUUCAGUCAUAGUUUAGAUAUUUUUAAUAGUAUUUAUAUGGUUUACCUAUAAUGAGCAUAGAAAUAAGAAAUAAAUGUUGCUGUAAUUCGGAGAUUCAGAGUUAACUUUUGGUACAAAUUCUUACGCAUUAUUGCACCAUAAGUGUACAAAAUAAUAGUCGCUAUUAUUCACAAAUGUAUUUUGCUUUUGGACUAAUUAAAAAUGUUUAACUACUUUAAAGAAAAUAAUAAUUUUAGUUUUGUAAAUAGAUUCGUCUUUGUGUUUUCAGAACUAAUUGAAUACUAAAUGUAUUUUCUAUGAUCACUAUGAUGUCAAAAUAUGCCUCUUGUGUAGCCCACGCUUAAAUAGCUAGCUUCAAUCAUAAUCUUAAUAUGAUUUACCUAAAUACCUUGAGUACCUUUUUCUUAUAAAUUAUAACAUGUACCUAGACUAGAUGAUGUACUUAUUUUUCUAUAUACUAAAUAGUAACUGUUUUAAGCACAAUAUUUUUACACAAGUUGUUAAUAGAACGCUUAAUGUUGAUGUUUGAUAUUAUUAUUGUUGUUGUAACUCGCACCAAAUAGAACUAUGUAAUAGUUGAAAUAAAAUGUUUUCAAAUCUA